GGACAGAUGGAGCUGUCUUGGAGCACGGAGAGGGCCACAUCCAUGGACCUAUGAUACAUGUGCAGGAAGGUAUCUGGAAGCAUUUGGGACGAUAUUUUCAGCCUCCUCUGGGUAUGUGUGAUCAUCUGGAGUUGGAGAUCUGAUCUGAGUCAGGUGUCCACCUUUUAAAGAAGCGUGAUGUCACCAGUCGUGGAUGAGACGGCCGGCGAUCUCCCGGUCAGAGAUGUAGGGCUCAUGAGAGGAGGACUGAUGCCGACGGUGCCGGAUGGUUUACGGGAAGUGAGGUCAUGGAAGAAGAGCCAACUGAUGAAGAUGAAAGAUCCUCAGCGCCUCUUUCGUGUCCCACGAGACCAACUGGAGGACUUGUGUCUCAAGCUGCAGGAAGAUAACAGCACGCUUAGACAACACACUCGGACUCAGGAGCAGCGCUUACGCCGGAUGUCGACCAGAUUGGUGCGUCUUCGCCAGGCGCAGCCCGAGUCCAGCGCAGUGAAGGAGCGAGACUUGGAAGACACAAUGCAGGAGCUGGAGGCUCGAGUGGCUUCUCUGGAGAGUCAAAAGAGCGUCCUGCAGAACAAACUCAGCUUGGCCCGCCAGCACAUACUGGACCUCGGGGGUCACACACUGCACAGGGGCAGCAGAGGAAAGAGAAGCGAUGCAGAGGGAGGAGUCAGGAGAGCAGCCCAGACCGCUCCACCCCGCUACGGUCCAACAUUCGAUGAUACCAAGACAGAAGAGCCAGAGUGGAGACCCAGCAUGACAGAGCAGCUGAGGAUGACGGACAUGCAGCUGACCACUCAGGCUCUUCAGGACUCACUGAGAGAGAAGGAGAAGGAGAUGGAAGGAGCCAUCAAAGAGAUGAUGCGGCAGCAGGCUGACAGACACCGAAUCAAUAUAAAAGAAAACGUGGAUCUCAUCCGUCUGCAGAAGCAGCUUUCAGAGAAGAGCGCCGCCCUACGGUUGAGCCAGGAGAAGUUCAACCAGCUGCAAGAGAGUUAUGAAUCACAGUUGGAGGAGGGUCAAAGGUCAGUGAAAGAAGCUCAGGCUGCUCUGCUGGAAAAGGUUGAAGAUCUGAGUGAGCAGCUGAAGCUGGAGAGAGAGAGAGCUCGAACCCUGGACACAGACCUGAACACUGCCACGCUGACCUUGCAGAGUCUAGAGAAGCUCAAAGAGAGAGUCUGUGAUCUGGAAGGAGAGAGAGACCUGAUCAAAGAAAACUAUGAUUCAUUGCUUGAAAGGACGUUAUCAACUCACAGCACCAACGAAGGGAUUCAAAUGGACUAUAAAGACAUGCAAGACACCGAAAAGAGUCGCAGCCACGUUCGAUACUUGGAGGAAAUGCUGCGGACAGAGAGGGAGGAGAGGAAUCGGCUGCAGGUGGAAAAUGAGCAGCUUGUACGUGAGAAGGAGCUUCUGUCCAAAGAGAGUUUGAGCCCUGCAGGCUUUGCAGUGACAAGCUCAGACCAGCAGCUCCAUCAGGAGCUUUUGCAUUACAAACACCAGGUGUCGGUUCUGCAGGACAAACUGAACUCCGUCACAAAGGAGUUUGACAUGAGUGUUGAAGAUCUCAGCGAGACUCUUCUGCAGAUAAAGGCCUUCAGGAUGCAGCAGGAGAACAGGGAGAGUCUGAGCUUCCUUGACAAGAAUGUGGAGCUUCCUCCCGCUGGCACGGCCGAGUACACAGAGACUGUGCUGGAGCUCCAGAAGACACGAGAUCUGCUGCUCCUGGAGAACCGCAUCAGUCGAGACCUGCAGGAGGAGCUGAACACUGUCCAGCAGAAGAUGGAGCGAGAGAGGGAGGAAGUGCGUGUGAGGAUGGAGGAGAAGAACAAACUCUUGUCCAAGAGAGCUCUCCAGAUUAAAACCUUGCAAGAGCAGCUCAAAGAGCUGGUGUACAACCCUCGCAGCUUCAAACGGACCAUCCCAGUCCAGUACACGUGGCCCUCAGCCGGUCUGGAGGCGGACUCGGUGGCUGAAGAGGACAGCUCUGCUCUUCGAGUUGGAGAGUCUCUGCUGGAAAUUCACAUCAAGGGAGCCACGUUCACACCAGGGGCCCUGCGGAGCAUGGCCAGCGUCCGCCAUGUGACUGGAGAUGACAUUGUGACGUUCCUCACCUAUGGACUCCUGGACUUUGAGGUUCUCGCCACCCCGCUGGUGUCGGGAGACCAGCCCGAGUACGAGUUCACCUCCACCUAUGUGUUGAACGCCCGCGACCUGGUGCUGUUGUACGACCAGGCUUCGAAGGUCAGGGUGGAGCUGCAUCAGGGUUUGGGAGGGGUCCGGUUUGUGACCCAAGGAUGUGGAAUUAUUUCCUUGGAGGAAGCCUUGGAGCACAGAGGAGAGCGUCUCAGUGGGCGUGCUAAUAUCACAGGUUUGGAGGGUGAACCUAUCGGAGUCCUGGAUUUCUGGGUGCGACUGUUUCCUCCAGCUGAGCCUCCAGACCACUUGAUGGAGUCAAUGACCGGCAGACACCCCCAAAAGUCUCCUGCCCAGGUCCCAGUAGGAUGGCAGGACAGUAGCUACCAGGAGUUACACGACUAUGGCGGAGGGAUUCCCAAUGAGAUCGUCAUGGCCUUGGAGCGCUGUGUGGGCCUCACGGCCCGCUGGCCGGGACUUCUUCCCGACACGUACCUGACUUACAGGUUCUAUGAUCUGCCGCCUCACGUCUCUCACACGGUCAAAUCGUCCAGCGAGCCGGUCUUCAAUGACGUCACCAGCUACCCUCUGGCAGUGACCGCUGACGUGCUGCAGUACCUGAGGACCACGAGUCUGUGGGUGUACGUGUUUGAUGACAGCGACGGUCAGAUCCCUCCAGCUUAUCUGGCCAAGACCCCCGUCCCUCUCAGAAGCCUCUCCACAGGAAGAGAGAUCCGAGGUGACUACGUCUUGCGUGAUCCAGCUGGAUCGCCACGUGGCACAAUUAGACUGAUGAUCAAGUGGAAAUACCCGUUCCAGCCACCUGGGGACCCCCCGAAGGUUCUUCAUGAUGGAGGAGUGGAGACAGAGGUGGGGGAGAGAAGGAGAGGCGGAGCAUCAGACAGGCCAGUCGCCAAACCCAGAAUCAAGCUGACUGAGGCCGAACCUCCUGGAGAGACCAAAGCUUGGUCUAAAUCAGAACACAAGUCCAAACAGACCACUGUGGUCAAACCACUGGGAACUCGCCAGCCGCGAAAAGUCAAGAGGUCUCGCUUGGAGAAACCUGCUCUGGCCACGCCCACUCCUGCUGCCAUAGGUAAAGCUGAAAUAUUUCUUAGAUCUUCAGAGGAAACUUCAGCUGCCACUUCAACAAGAAGACGAAGCUCCAGCGACGACUCCAGAACGCAGCCUCUACGAGAUCAGGAAUCGGAGGACAAAGAAGACAUACGUGCUGCUGACUCAUCAGAAUCGUCGGAAUCGACUUCCUCACAAAGUGACAUUGUGAUUAUUCCACGUGCACCGCGGAUGAAACAGGGAGACAAGCUGAGAGUGGAGAUUCUAUCUCUGUCCUUUGAACCAUCGUCCGUGGUGGCAAAAGACAAGUCAGUGCAGCAGGUCUAUGUGGAGUACCGACUACUGGGUGUGCCCAUGGAGAGCACCGAGACCCCCAUGUCCCUUCGUAAGCCUACCAAGGGAGAGGAGGUCCACUACAACUUCAGCCGGGUCAUCUAUGUCGACGGCUCCGUAUCGGCUCCGCUCAGACAGUACCUGUACACCAUGCUGGAGGGCAGUGACCCCAACAAGGGCAGGCUGAAGUUCACGGUGGUCAGUGAGCCAAUGGACGAUGAAGAUGAGUGCAUCGACGUGGGCUUUGCUUUUCUGGAGCUGCAGGAGCUGCUGCUGACAGGAAGUGAUGUCAUCGAAAGACAAAUUGACAUUGUCAGUGUGGACGAAGAGCAGAAGGUGAUUGGUCACCUGAAGGUGUCUCUAGAAGCAGCAAGAGCACUGAGUGGAAUUUACAGGGAGUUUCACCGCCACACGCCAGAAGACCAGGCUGCUGAGGAAGAAGAGGAGGAGGAGGAGGAGGAGGAGGAAGGGGAGGGCAAAGACGAGGAGGGGGGAGAUGAAAUUAAAGUGAUAGAAUAUGAAGGUGAAAGUGACUUUUGAUAAGAUUUCACUUUGUUUUGGUGUAAAAUGUACGUCUUUCUAUUAAGGUUUACCAAAUAAAAAAUGUUUUCUGACUUGUUUUGCUGAAUUAUUAAAAUGUACUGCUACUUUAUCAGAUGCAAAUCAGAGGAUUGACCUGAAGUGACUGGUGUAAAUGUUGAAAG